CCCUGGUCCUGAAUCCAGUCCGGGUUUCCCGGCCUGCACGCGGCCACCUUCCCCGCACCACUAUGUGUUUGUGCGUGAGAGAAGCCGACUCUUGUUUACAGCAGAGAUUCCACGGAGGAGCGGAGACCCAGCGCCUGCGCUAGCCGAGGGCGAACCGUUGGAUCGCAGUCUCUGGAUAUUUUUACGCGCCACGGGAGGUUGUUGUUGUUUUGGGGGGUUUUUUUUGGUCGCGUUCUCCCCGUGUGUGUGUGUGUUUGUGCUUUUUCCCCCCUUGAGGAUAAAAGGCUAAGCGAAAGAGAGACGCUGCUUUUUUGUUUUUCCCAAGGCAACUCCUCGGGACACGUCCCCCCCCCCCAGCCUGGCCGAGGUCGUCUGGCUGCGGAGACCCGUUCUCUUGCGUGGCACAAGUCUGCUCUCUUUUCUCUUUUUUUCUCUUCUUCUUCUUCUUCUUCUUCUCUGUCAGCUGGAAAUCCCGACUGACGGCACGGAUAGGUCCGAGGAGCCGAUGGGAGCUGGAGAUUUUGGUUUUUAAAACCACCACCCCCCCCCAGAAGAAUCCACUUGAGUGUGCGGGCCGGGGCUGCGCCUGGUGGGCAGCGGCAGUCGGAGCCGUUUGAAUGGCAUAGGCAACCAAAAAGACAAGAGGGGUUUCAUUCAUUUUUCGCCCUCGCAGCCACCACCCCUGUGGACCUGGACGUGUCUCCCUCCUCCUCCUUCCUCCUCCUCCUCCUCCUCCUCCCCGCAGACACACAGCCCUUCUCGGGGGGUUGUCGCGCGCCUCGCCGGCCUCGUCCACGCGCCGUGUCGGCGGAGGCGGCUGGUUCCGACUUCUGAGUCCGACUCGUCUCCCCUCGCCGUUGUUCGCAGCCGGGCCCCGGUCGCACCGUGCGCGCACUGCUGCUUUUCUUUUUUCUUUUUUUUUUUUUUUCUUUUCUUUUCUCCCCCCAAGAGAUGGAGACCGAAGAUGGGGAUUACCACCUUCCAUCCGGCCGAGUCACUGGCAUGUGUGCGCCGCGCGAGGGUCACGGUGUCCUGUGAUCGGCCACAGCGGCAGACUGGUUUCGUGUUUCUCCUUCCGCCGUCACAACAAGCUGUGCACCUUGAUUGAGAUCGUCCUCCUCCUCCUCCUCCUCCUCCUCGUCCUCCUCGUCCUCCUCCUCCUCCUCGUCCUCGUCCUCCUCCCGGGGCGAAGCGCGGGGCUCGGCCGACCACAGCAGUGGCCACUUGGGCUGCACACGCGUCUGUCGUCGUCGUUUGUCCUACAGGUCUUGGGUCUCGUCGUUUUUUUUUUAUUUCAGCUUUCGUCCCUGCCCUUGUUAUUAUUAUUUUUUUAUUUAUUUAUUUUUUUGGGGUGGGGGGGUGGGCGGGGGGGGAGGAGGAGAAUAAUGUUGAGGAACAUGAGCUCUGACUCUCUGACGCGCAGCCCGACCUUGUUGUGGAGUCUGAUGCUGUCCGUCUCCGCUGUCUGCAUAUGGUCCACACAUGCGGAGAUUUGUGGUCCAAGUAUCGACAUCCGCAAUGAGAUCAGUGAGUUCAAGCGGCUGGAGAACUGCACGGUGGUGGAGGGCUACCUGCAGAUCCUCCUCAUCAACGACAAGACCAACAACAUCCACCAGGAGGUUUUCCGCUCCCUCAGCUUCCCCAAGUUGACCGUCGUCACUGACUACCUGCUGCUGUUUCGCGUCUCGGGCCUGGACAGCCUCAGCAUGCUCUUCCCCAACCUGAGUGUCAUCCGCGGGCGCAAUCUCUUCUACAACUACGCCCUUGUUAUCUAUGAGAUGACCAGCCUGAAGGACAUUGGCCUGUACAACCUGAGGAACAUCACCCGGGGAGCCAUGAGGAUCGAGAAGAACCCUGAGCUCUGCUACCUGGACUCAGUGGACUGGUCGCUUAUUAUGGAUGCGGAGUUCAACAACAUUAUCAAUGGAAAUAAGAAGGCGAAGGAGUGUGACAAUGUCUGUCCGGGCAUUAUGGAGGAUAACCCUCUUUGUCAGAGGACAUCGUUCAAUGACAACAACGACUACCGCUGCUGGACCUCUAACCAGUGCCAGAAAGUAUGCCCAGAACACUGCAAGCUCGCCUGCACGGACAAGGGGGAGUGCUGCCACAGCCAGUGCCUGGGCAGCUGCACUGAGGCCAACAACGACAUGGCCUGCUCCGCCUGCCUCCACUAUUUCCACGAGGACCGCUGCGUGCCAGACUGUCCCCCGGGCACUUACAAGUUCGAGGGCUGGCGCUGCAUCAACAUGGACCUGUGCUCUCAGGUGCACCUGCCCGGUGACACUCACUUUGUCAUCCACGGGGGAGAGUGUAUGCCCGACUGCCCCUCUGGCUUCACACGCAACGAGACUAAUCGUAUGUUAUGCAGUGCCUGCAAUGGACUGUGCGACAAGGUCUGCACGUCCCCCGUCAUCGACUCUGUGGAUGCUGCUCAGUCGCUGAAGGACUGCACUGUCAUCGAGGGCAAUCUGGACAUCAACAUUCGCCGUGGAAAUAACAUAGCGUCUGAGCUGGAGAGCUUCAUGGGAUUGAUCCAGACAGUGACGGGCUAUGUGAAGAUUCGACACUCCCACGCACUUGGCUCACUGUCCUUCCUCAAGAACCUGCGUUACAUCAAUGGGCAGGAACUCAUCGACAACAUGUAUUCGUUCUCGGCCAUCAACAACCAGCACUUGCAGUACCUGUGGGACUGGAGUCAGCACAACCUGACCAUUCGGGCUGGACGCCUCUUCUUCCGACUGAACCCCAAACUCUGCAUGUCUGAGAUCCACACCAUGUGGAAUAAGACGGGGAUAACGGUGAAGCCGGAGGAGGGGGAUUUCCGUAACAACGGUGAAAGAGCCAGCUGCGAGAGUCACACCUUGAAGUUCAAGACGAACGAGACAUCCAGCCAUACGAUCAAGCUGACAUGGGAGCACUACCGGCCACCGGACUACGGAGACCUUAUCAGCUUCAUAGUCUACUACAAAGACUCGCCUUUCCAGAACAUCACAGAGUUUGACGGACAGGACGGCUGCGGCUCAAACAGCUGGCACAUGGUGGAUGUGGAUCUACCUCAGGAUAAGAACACAGAACCAAACGUCAGUCUUCAACACCUCAAGCCCUGGACCCAGUAUGCUGUUUUUGUGAAGGCCAUCACGCUGCAGGUGGAGGACAAACACAUUACUGGGGCAAAGAGUGAUAUAAUCUACAUUCGCACGCGCCCAUCGCCGCCUUCUGUGCCUAAAGACGCCCGAGCAUUUACCAACUCCUCAACUAAGUUGGUGGCGAAGUGGUCACCGCCGGUGUUUCCCAACGGCAAUCUGACCUAUUACCUGGUCCGCUGGCAGCAGCAGCCUGAGGACAGAGAGCUCUACCAACAUAACUACUGCUCCAAAGAGCUGAAAAUCCCGAUCCGGAUCCCAGCGACGGGGCUCACAGAGAUGGAAGAGAACACCAAGCCCACCAAGUCGGACUUGGCCGGGGCGGAGAAGGGCCCAUGCUGUGCCUGCCAGAAGACGCCCGAGGAGAAGGAUCGGGCGAAGGACGAUCGUGUGUUUUUGAAGAUUUUCGAGAACUUCCUCCACAACGCCAUCUUCCUGCCGAGACCUCCAGACCGUCGACGCAGAGAUGUUUCCGGGGUGGCUAACGACACACUGUUCUAUGAGGGGGCUGGCCGGGGGAACGCCACCCUUGGUCUGGGUAACAGUACGGACGGCGUUCCCCCGGCCAAAGAGUACCCCUUCUCGGAGGGGAAGAGCUCGGCGGAAUAUUUGGAGAUCCACAACCUGCGGCCCUUCACAGUCUACCGCAUUGACGUCCACGCCUGCAAUGAGGAGGUGGGCCGCUGCAGCGCCGGAGCGUUCGUCUUCUCCAGGACCAAACCUGCAGUCAAAGCAGACGACAUCCCUGGAAAGGUGAUCUAUGAGAGGAGUGACAAGGUGGAGGGUUGUGUGGUGCUGCACUGGCCAGAGCCCACCAUGCCCAACGGACUCAUCCUGAUGUAUGAGAUCAAGUUCCGCCUGGGGACUGAGCCCGAGAAACAUGAGUGUGUGUCGCGCCAGCACUACCGCGAGCACAGAGGAGCUCGACUGACCAACCUAGGUUCAGGAAACUACUCUGCCCGUGUGCGCGCCACCUCUUUAGCGGGAAACGGCUCCUGGACGGAGAGCGUGUUUUUCUACGUGCCUCCACCAAAACGAGACGAUGGCGUUGCAUUUUAUCUGGUCAUCAUAAUUCCCAUCAUAGUGACACUGGUCAUUGCCAGCCUCACCACGAUUCUCCUGUUUGUGAACAAAAAGAGGAACAGCGACAGAUUGGGAAACGGAGUCCUUUAUGCAUCUGUAAACCCGGAGUACUUCAGCGCCGCCGAGAUGUACGUCCCGGACGAGUGGGAGGUGGCCAGGGAGAAGAUCACCAUGCACAAGGAGUUGGGCCAGGGCUCCUUCGGCAUGGUGUACGAAGGUUUGGCCAAGGGGGUGAUCAAGGACGAACCCGAGACACGGGUGGCUAUCAAGACGGUCAACGAGUCGGCCAGCAUGAGGGAGCGCAUUGAGUUCUUGAACGAGGCCUCCGUCAUGAAGGAGUUCAACUGUCACCAUGUGGUGCGGCUGCUGGGCGUGGUCUCGCAGGGUCAGCCAACCUUGGUGAUUAUGGAGCUGAUGACGCGUGGAGAUCUCAAGAGCCACCUGCGCUCGCUGCGCAAAGAAAACGCCACCAGCCAGGUCCUACCCCCGCUCAAGAAGAUGAUCCAGAUGGCGGGGGAGAUCGCCGACGGCAUGGCGUACCUAAACGCCAACAAAUUCGUCCACAGAGACCUGGCUGCCAGGAACUGCAUGGUAGCAGAGGACUUCACCGUGAAGAUUGGAGAUUUUGGCAUGACCAGAGAUAUUUAUGAGACGGAUUACUACCGAAAAGGAGGGAAGGGCUUGCUGCCUGUCCGCUGGAUGUCUCCUGAGUCACUUAAAGAUGGCGUGUUCACUACGAUGUCUGAUGUCUGGUCGUUUGGUGUUGUGCUGUGGGAGAUUGCCACCUUAGCAGAACAGCCCUACCAGGGAAUGUCCAACGAACAAGUGCUGCGCUUCGUCAUGGAGGGAGAACUCUUGGACAAACCCGACAACUGCCCCGACAUGCUGUUUGAGCUGAUGAGGAUGUGCUGGCAGUAUAAUCCCAAGAUGCGUCCGUCCUUCCUGGAGAUCAUCAGCAGCAUCAAAGAGGAACUGGAUUCUCCCUUCAGGGAAAUGAGCUUCUUCUUCAGCGAGGAGAACAAGCCGCCGGACACCGAGGAGUUGGACAUGGAGGUAGAGAACAUGGAGAACAUUCCACUGGACCCUGCAUCCACCCGGCAGCCCUUGGCUGCCGCCGCCGCCCCCUCGUCGUCGGGGUGUCCGGGGGGCACUCCGCCUCCCUCCACGCAGCAGUUAUCCCCCAUGCAAGGCCCGAGUACUCCAUUACUGGGACCUAUGUCUCCCUCCUCCCCGGGCCCGGUCGCCUCCGCCUCGGCGCCUGCGGCCCAAGCCUUGGACAAGCACUCAGGACUAGUUUCGGCCAACGGGCCAGUGGUGGUGCUGCGGCCCAACUUUGAUGAGAUGCAACCCUAUGCACACAUGAACGGGGGCAGAAAGAACGAACGGGCAUUACCACUGCCCCAGUCGUCGGCCUGCUGAUAUCAGACCAGUCUCCUCUUUCUCCUCUUACACAGGGUAACACAAACCUCCCCUCCGUCUCUUACAGAGGGAUGGGCGAGGUGAGAAAUGACUUUUUCUACUGUGUGCCAGUAGAUGGUCUCUCCACUCCUUUAGGGUCAAACAUUCAGUCUAAAAACUGACAAAUAACAGAAACCUGCUAAAGCAUUUGGAGUUUGGCGGCUCAGACUCGACACUGGGGAACUCCUUCCUGUGCUGCCUGUGUUUCAGUCAAGUCCUCCUCCGAGGAGGAGGAAAGCAACACAGACGUGUAUCCUGAGAUACAGACAUAAAGAAAAAUCAUUUUUAACAUAUCUGCCAGCAAAAUCCAACAGAAGAGCACUUUUUUCCCCCCUGAUGAUUUCAGAGGGGAUGUUGUGGAUAUCUGAGCGUGUAUUUAUACAAACAGUGAUUCUCUCUACAAUAUGUUCUAAAAGGACUUUCCAUCAAAAUGACCUUUUUUCCCCCAAGGCCGGCUCAUGUCAAUGCGAGGAUGCCUCAAUUAGAAAGUUUGGACGAAGAUUGUCGUUUCAUUUUCCUGUUGAUAUUUCUGUGGGUGUAGAUCUCAUCAGGCGUGGGUCCCAAUGGAAGAAGGGGGAGGGGGAGGGAGGGGGGG